AUGUUCUGUCCAUCUGGGUUUCUGUUGCAGUGUUGGUGACGAAACUCAAGUAGAAGUGUGGAAGAGCAUGACAUGCGGAACCUUUGUUGUGUAGCGAUUUCUUCGCAAUGUAACUGCAGUUCUUGUGCGUAAAAGAAAAAAAAAACGAUUAGAAAGAAAGGUCUUCUUGCAGCCGAAAUGGGAUUCAAAUUACUGCCAUGUUGGGAGUUCCAGUCGGUCGUAGAUCUACUCUUUUGUUGGGUUACGGGGACCAGCAUCGCAAACCUCUCACUGCUCAUGUCAUCACCAUAGCUAGGUCGAUUCUGAGCAGAGCCAGUUAGUUAGCCCGGUACAGGAGUAACGUGCUGCCAACUCUGCUGUUUCGUGGAACUCGAAUCGCUGGUGGAUUUCCUGCUGCAUUGUCGUAGAAACCCACCUAAAUCUAUUUCAAGUUUCUUCCUAUCUGUGGGCAGCAUUUCAAGGUAUAAUAACGCUCUCUUAAGGAAUUCGUCAGGCGUUUUUUUUCGAGAGGCCGAGCCCGUGGCAUUGCUCGUCAUCGCUGUCGGAGGACGUGAUGCGGUUUCCCUUGAUAAUGAGGUGAUUUAGAAACUCCAACUUUUCAGAUCAGCUUUUGUCUUGAAAGCAUAGGAACUCACAUCACACCAUGGGGCCGCUUGCGGCGGAGGAUGAGCUGGGUUCAUUUCCGCAGGAAUUGAAGGUCGACGAACAUUUACGUUCACUGCCGAGCAUCACCAGUGGAGAGUUAUCUCGACACAACAAGACUGAUGAUCUGUGGAUCUCUAUUCAAGGCAAAGUGUACAAUGUCACAGGGUGGCUCAGGAAGCAUCCAGGUGGUGAAAUCCCGUUGCUCCAUCUUGCAGGCCAGGAUGUUACAGACGCAUUUCUUGCAUUUCACCCAGGCACGGCAUGGAAUCUCCUCCCUCAGUUCCUUGUAGGGACUCUAUCUGACUACGACGUUCCUCUUGUGGCUGAGGAGCACAGACGACUACUCAGGGAAUUCAAGAAAGCUGGAUUGUACAAGAAUCCACUGAACGUCUAUGCUUUGUACGCCUGCUGGGUGGUUCCAUUACUUGCCCUGUCAGUGCUUGGGGUCUUAUACUCACAAAGUUUCAUGGUGCACAUGCUGAGUGCUGCUAUGUUGGGCGUUGUGUGGAAUCAAAGUGGUUGGGUGGGACACGACACAGGUCACUGCGGGAUGUUCAAAAAUCCCAACAUCGACAGAUGGUUUGCUAUUAUCGUUGGAGAUUGCUUGUCAGGGAUUAGCAUGGGAUGGUGGAAGAGGAACCACAACGCUCAUCACAUUGCUUGUAACAGCAUUGAAUAUGAUCCAGAUCUUCAGUACAUCCCCCUCUUUGCCGUGACAUCCAAACUCUUCUCAAACCUUUACUCCUACUUCUAUGACAGGGUUAUGCCAUUCGAUGGUCUGGCUCGCUCUCUCAUUGCCUACCAGCACUGGACAUUUUAUCCUAUCAUGGCUGUGGCUCGCGUGAACCUCUUUGUUCAAUCCCUUUUAGUGUUGACCUCAAAGAAGCAUGUACCAGACAGGUGGCUGGAGCUCGGUGCGAUUGGUUUCUUCUACCUGUGGUUCUUCACCCUUCUUUCUUAUCUACCAAGUUCGGAGAGGCUCGUAUUUGUUCUCGUUAGUUUUGCCGUGACUGGGAUCCAGCACGUGCAGUUCUGCCUGAACCAUUUCUCUUCGCCGGUGUACCAAGGGCAGCCGAAGAGCAAGGCUUGGGUUGAGUCUCAAGCACGCGGCACUCUUAAUCUGUCCACACCUGCCUACAUGGAUUGGUUUCAUGGAGGUCUUCAGUUCCAGAUUGAACAUCAUCUCUUCCCUACGUUGCCUCGCCAUAACCUCAGAAAGGUUACCAAGUUUGUGAGACCCUUCUGUGAGAAGCAUGGUCUGCCGUAUGAAUCCGUCAGCUUCUGGGAAGCUAACCGGAUGAUCAUCAGGACGCUUAGGACAGCUGCUUUGCAAGCUCGGGAUUUUACUAAACCUGCCCCGGCCCUUUCAGAGAGUCUCUUGUGGGAAGCUGUGAACUCCAAGGGUUGAGGUAAACAUCAUUUGAGCUAUUGAAUUCAUUACCAAUAGGGUACCAAUCGUUAUUCUAUUGUACCAUCACACUUAGGCGUCUCUCAUUGUUUAGAUUAGUUGUCUUCUGGAUUAAAAAUCCAAUUCAUAAGAUUCAGAAAUAUUAGGAUCUUUGCCCUAGAUCUUCAAUUUUAUCAUCCCUGCAAUGCAUUCUGAAAGUUGCUUCGACUGAUAGUGUACAAGCCACCAUUAUUACCGAUUUGUAUGUGUUCAGUGUUGUAUUUAGUGAAGAUGUCAUUCAGUGUGGAUGUCACUGGUGAUCUAUAGUUGGAAACGAGAAACCAAAUGUACACAGCACCUAACUUGAUGUGAUUAAAAUAGUGAGUCUAACUAA